AUGAAGCACCUCGCAGCUUACCUCCUCCUCGCCCUCGCUGGCAACGAGUCCCCCUCCGUCUCCGACAUCAAGGAGGUCCUCUCCUCCGUCGGCAUUGACGCUGACUCCGAGCGCCUCGAGAAGGUCGUCGCUGAGCUCCAGGGCAAGAACCUCCAGGACCUGAUCGCUGAGGGUUCCGCCAAGCUCGCCUCCGUUCCCUCCGGUGGUGCUGGUGCCGCUGCCCCCGCCGCUGCUGCCGCUGGUGGUGCCGCCGAGGCUGCCCCCGAGGCCGCCAAGGAGGAGGAGAAGGAGGAGUCCGACGAGGACAUGGGCUUCGGUCUCUUCGACUAA